AUGGCUUCUUAAAAUGAUACAAUUCUAAAUGGUUCAAAUGUAUAGAGUAAUUAACAUAAAAUUGAAGAAAUAAUACCAAAAAAUGAGAAAUAUUGUAAAAUAGCUAAAGAGCUUACUUCUUAUGAAAGAGAAUUGAUUAAUACUUAAGCAAAUGAAGUACUAACUGCAGUAAGAAGUGCUAAACAUAAUCCAAAGAAAUUAAGGUAAGUAAAUUCAUCAUUAUAUUAAUUAAACAAGAUUGGAGGUCUUGAUAUCAAUAUAACACCUAAAAGACAAAAAAGGAUUUCAAGUAUCGUUCUUUUAGUAAUAACUUCUUUUUUUAAGAUAUAUGCUAAAAUAAAUGUUGUCCAUAAAGGAUUGGUUUUCAUCAAAAUUACUGCCUCAGAGACAGUAACUAAUUUUAAUGAUAGAAAACAAGAAAGGAAUCCAACACCUCCUAUACAACCUCUCGUAAUUAGUUUUUUAAUUAUUCUAUUUGAUGGAGGAUAUGUAUUAUUAGGAAUAAAUCUUGCCAAAAUUUCAAUUACAAUCAACGUUAAAAUAGAUCUCCAAUAGAUAAUUUAUGUAGCAGGUAUUCCAUCAAAAUAUUUAAUACUGA